GCUGCUCAUACUUUCACUUUCGUUACCCUCAUUGUGCAACGUGUUUUCUAGGGCAGAGUGACAAGAAGGGAACUGUACAGAACAAAAAACUUCACAAAGACCAGCCAGACUUUGAGAAUAAAGGACCAGCUAGCAGACUGAGGACCAGUUAGCUGUUAGCCAGAAGCUACUUUAAACUCUGACGUUAAUAGAGUAUUUGUCAGCUUUGCAGAUAACACAGUAGCUCGAUCUGCUUCUGCCAUGACCACUGACAGCAUGUCUGACCCAGAACAAAAGGAUUUGGGGGAAGAGAAGCCCUUGAGGAUCAUGCUUCUUGGGAAGAGUGGAGCAGGCAAGAGCUCGAGUGGGAACACAAUCCUUGGUAGAAAUGUGUUUAAAUCAGACAUGAAGCUGCAGAGAGUCACUCGACAUUGUGAGAAGGAAGUUGGAACAAUUGGGAAUGUGCCUGUUGCUGUGAUCGACACACCAGGGCUUUUUCAGACUGGCAACAAGGAGGAAAUUGUUCAAGAAAUUCUGAAAUCUACCAGAUUCCUGGAACCAGGACCUCAUGCUUUUGCAUAUGUAAUCCCUUUAGGAAGGAUGACUCAGGAAGAUCAAGAUACCAACACACUGAUCGAAACAAUGUUUGGCCCAAGAGUGUGGGACUACACCAUCGUGCUGUUCACCCAUGGGGAUCGUUUGGAAGGAAAAACAAUAAAUGACAUCAUCACUGAGAGCGAUGACAACCUCCGCAACUUCAUACGCAAGUGUAGUGGCGGCUUCCAUGUCUUCAACAACAAAGAACCAGAAAACCCAGAACAAGUGACAAGCUUCGUGGCAAAGAUCCAGACCCUGAUGGCCCUGAAUGGAGGGACUGAUUACAACAAAAAACUGUAUCCCGAAAAGGAGAGAAAGAUCAGGGAAAUACAGGAGAGCAUCAUGGCAGAGAGAAAUGAAGAGAUCAGCAACAAGGAGAAGGAGCUGGAGGAGCGUUAUAAGGGGGACGAGCUUGAGGAGAUGAAGAAGGCGCUGUGGAGAAGAGAGGAGCUCAAAGCAAGACUGACUGCAGAGAAACAGACUGGCAUGAACGCUUGGAUCUUCCUGAUCCUGGUAGCAGUGGGUGUACUGAUUGCAGUUUGUGCUACUCAGAACUGUUAUAGGUUGAAUGUGUCUUCCUCAUCAGUGGAUCUCACAGUGAAGCUGGUGGGUCAUUUGGAACAAUUGCUGGGGAGGACGCUGUCUGUCCAAGACUGGUUCAACACCAACUUUCACUUUUCUCUUGCUUGACUUAUAAUAAUCUGAAAUGUAGCUGUUUUCCUUUUUGGACUAGUUGAUGCUUUUAAUUGACUGAUGAACACUCGCUGUAGGAUCAUGCUCAACGAAUUUAAUGAGAUAUUUUACCUUUUCUUCUGAUAGCCUAAUUGAUUUGAGAUUGCAGUAUGUGAGAUUUUGACUAUAUUUAUUAUUACAGUUUAAAUUGGUUUAAAUACAUUUAUUCUCCUGUUACAUGUUAAUCAUUUUUAGUGUUCUGUAAUCUGCUCAUGAAUGGUUGCCCAUUUCUUAAUGGCUGACUGAUAAUUCAUCUAGACAAUGACUGUUUAUUAGUUAGUAAAUUCUUUAUGUGUGGUGGUUUUUUGUCUGGUUCUUUUUUUUUUCCAUUAAUUUUCAUGUUACGGAGCCCUUUGUUGUUAGUAGAUCAGGAUAACUUGUCAAUGUUGGGUGGUCCUUAACAGUCAGCUCAACCUCAUUGCGGUGAUUCAGUAAUUUAGUGGGAGUGUCUGCAACUCGAAGUUUCAGUUUCAUUUCUUGGGAUCAAGGGCAGCAGAGGUAAGACACUGCUUUGAGAUUAUAGCUGAUUUAUGAGUAAAUGUAAAGUCGGUUUUCUGGUUUUGUGUGCUGCAUUUUCGUGUAACAUUUCUACAUGGACAUAAUAAACAGAUAAACAUGCA